AUGCUCUAUGGACUACAUGGAAACAGUUCGCAGCAGAGGAGUGAAUCAGCGGAGCUGAAAAGGCUUGAGCGAGCAAAAAGGGGGAAAGAAAAGGCUGAGAUCUUGACCAAGAUCGAGAAGGAGCAGACUGAGGAGGAACAAUUCGAAACCCUUGCUUGUGCCGGCGAUGUUUCUAACGGCUUGGAGCGCGGGAGAGUAUUAGGUGCAUCGGGCGAGCAUAUGGCGUGCAUAUGCGCCAUGAUCAAGAGAGCUGGACCAGAGAAGCAGUCACCUGACCUGAUGGAGGCUCUGGAGGGUAUCAAGGGAAGAAUACUAGAAAAAAUGUAA